CGGCGGCGGGGCGGGCGGCGGCGCUGUGCGGGCGGCGGCGGCGGCGGGGCGGGACACGCGAUCGCGAGCGGCGAUGGGCGCCUGACGCCCGGCCCGUCCCGCCGCCCAGGGACCAUGGCGCGGCCCCGCGGCGGGCGGUGGCUGCUGGGCGUCCUCCUCGCCCUCUGCCGCCUGGCCGCGCCGCUCGCCAAGAGCCUGGAGCCGGUCUCGUGGAGCUCCGCGAACCCCAAGUUCAUGUCUGGGAAAGGGCUGGUCAUCUACCCGGAGAUUGGAGAUAAACUGGACAUUAUCUGCCCCAAGGCAGAGCCAUCCAGGCCUUACGAGUACUACAAGCUGUACCUGGUGAAGAAGGACCAGGCUGAUGCCUGCAGCACCAUCAUGGACCCCAACGUGCUGGUGACGUGCAACCGACCUGAGCAGGAGAUCCGCUUCACCAUCAAGUUUCAGGAGUUCAGUCCCAACUACAUGGGCUUGGAGUUCAAGCGGCAGCAGGAUUACUUCAUUACAUCCACUUCCAAUGGGACGCUGGAUGGUCUGGAGAACCGGGAGGGAGGUGUCUGCCAGACACGAUCUAUGAAAAUCGUCAUGAAAGUCGGGCAGGAUCCAAACGCGGUGAUCCCGGAACAGCUGACGACGAGUCGGCCGAGCAAGGAGUCCGACAACACCAUGAAAAUAGUCACGCAGAGCCCGCGCAGCAAGGUCCCCGCCGUGGAGGAGCCCGGCAAGCCGGGCUCUGUCAACCAGGAUGGCCAGGAGACCCAAGGUCCCAGCGAUGGCUUCUUGAGCUCCAAGGUGGCCGUCUUUGCUGCGAUUGGCGCCGGCUGCGUCAUCUUCAUCCUCAUCAUCAUCUUCCUCGUUGUCCUCCUGAUCAAGAUCCGCAAGCGGCACCGGAAGCAUACACAGCAGCGAGCCGCAGCCUUGUCCCUCAGCACCUUGGCCAGCCCGAAAUGCAGCGGGAACGCGGGCUCCGAGCCCAGCGACAUCAUCAUCCCCUUACGGACUACAGAGAACAACUACUGCCCGCACUACGAGAAGGUGAGCGGGGACUACGGGCACCCCGUCUACAUUGUCCAGGAGAUGCCUCCGCAGAGCCCAGCCAACAUUUACUACAAGGUGUGAGGAGCAGCCUGGGAAAGCCGCCGACGCAGGAGCACGGGAACGCCGAGUGCGGGGGGCAGCCGCCCCCUGGGUCUCCCCACGGGCGGUCUGGCGCCAGGAGGGAGGAAGUGAAACGAACCCCACAGCACGGGCGCAGGGAGCGCCAGGGUCCGGCGCCGGAGAGCGGAUGGCUCGCUCGCGCGCUGAUCUCUCCCCUUUGUAUUUAGUUUUGUAGUUCUCAGCUUUUGUAAUCCCGGACUCGAGGGUGAGCCUUCACCAUCCUCCUCUUCUUCUCCAGACUGCGGCCGGCCAGGGGCCAGGCGCCGUGCCUUUCUGUGCUCGCUCAGACACCACCGGCAAACGCGGAAACUCCACCUGCCCUUCUUGGUUUGGGAGUUCCCUGUAUCGUCCCUCUGUCCUUGCGUGAAGUGCCCGUGUGCCUGGCGCCGCAGCAGCUGCCACGUGCGUCCCAGGGCCUGGAGCAACACCGGGGCCUCAGUGAGGAGCCUCGCUCCAAGGAGGAGCGUGCGGCCGCGGCAGGGAGGAGGAAGAGGAGGAUGCUUCGCCUCGGUGCCAAGAUGCAGACAACUGUGCAGGGAGGAAGCUGGCAAGCCCGAUUUACUACUACUACUAUUAUUAUUAUUAUAAUUAUUUUAAUUUUUUUGUAACAUUUUUAUUUUUGUGAAUUCCGGGUGGGACUCCAGAUCCGCCGCCGCCUUCGGGCACACACCGUCACCUCCUUCCAGCACGCUGUCCUGCCGGCCGUGGGGCAGAGCCCGCUGCUCCUGCCACUGCCCUUUUAAACUUUUGUGUUCGUAGCUGUUGACUCUUGUUUUAGUCUCUUUAUAAAAAGAAAGAAAGAAAAAAAAAAACCAUCUAUCUAUCCCAUGUCUCAAGCGUUCAGUGCGCGAGAGUCGGGGCACUCCUGCCCCGCAAGGAGCCUGGCAGUUCUUCCCGACCCUCCAAGGGUCGCGGAGAGAAGUCAUUGCUGAGGGUUUCCAUCGGGCUGGGGCUGAGCCUGCUGGGAGUGGCGAGGGGAGCGACAGGAGGGCAGGGGGUGUCUGCAGCCCCUGGUCCUGUCCCCAGCCGGUGGUGCUGUGGGUGGCUGUCCUUGGAAAGGAAAACUGGAAAAUGAACAUUCCUGGCGAGCAGCCCGUGCCAGAGGGAGCUGAGGGUGCUGGGAGGAGCCAGCGCUCGGGGCUGGAAGCCCCUCAGGAGGCUGUAGCACCAGGUGCAGCUUGGAAGCAGAACUGGAGGCUUCUCCACCCAUCUGGUAUAGUGGGACAAUGUGGUGCCUCUCCGCGGGCAGGAGCAUCGCCCAGUCCUGCCAGCCACUGGCGGGCUCGUUCUGCCCUUCCCAUGUCCAUCUUCUGCCCCAAACUGGAAGGGGUUGAGCCUUGGGUUCUUCUAGUGGGAUCAUUCCCGGCUUCCUCUUCCCAGCAGGACCCGCUGGCCCCGUGGCUGAUGCCGGUGAGCGCAGCAGGGCUGGUGGUGCCCGUGGCACCACCUUGCCGCCCUCCUAUCCUUGGACUGUGCCAGCUUGGGCACCGGUAGCUGUUCCCUCCUCCCUUGCUUUCUUUUCCUUCCAGAAGUAGCUGCUUUUGCUCAGGGAGCAAGCGUGGGGCAGGCGGUGCUGCUGCCGCUGUGCCACCAGGCAGUGGCACAGGUCUGCCUCGCCUCGUUUGCCCUCGCCGGUCCCCAGCGCCCCGAAUCCCGCGUUAGGAAGUGCCCAAAGAGCGAGAGAGCUGCUCUGCACAAGUGCCUUGACGAGGAGCGGGCAGGAGGGGCAGAGCAGGGGCCAGAGGAACCCGGUGGCUCGGAUGCAGUGCUGGGGCUCCGAGCAUCCCUCUGUGUCGCGUGGGUUUAGGUUGGAAGGCAGAGGGCAGGAGGGUGCAGGCUGCCCCUGCUCUCCUCCUUGCCCUCGGCAUCAUGAUGUGAGGAUGGCUUCCAGGGCCAUGGACUGGCCACUGCCCUUGGGAAGAAGAGCCACGGUGGGUGCUCCCCCUGCCCGGCCCUUCUCCCCACUCCCCUGACCCCCUGAGUCCCCCCGUGUAUCCCCCCUGCCGCACAGCACCCUUGCCAGCCCUGUCCAGUCUGGCUCUUCUGUGGGUCCAGGACCCCCUGUUCCUCGCCGGGGGCCGGGAUCUUCUCCCAGGUACCACAGAAAAUUGUGUCUUAAAGGAAAGCCCCCUUUCCCUCCCCGGUGCCCUCUUCCAUCCCCAAAAUCCUGGGCCACGAUGCAGGUGGAGGGUGCUUUAUCCACGGGGAGUGUCUCCCCGCGGGGGCUGGCGUGGAGGAGGCAGUUGGGGGUUGAUUCUGUUUCGGAGGGUAAAGGACGGAGCCUGGCCCCGCGCGGUACCCAAAGCAAACCGGGGACACAGGGGCUUCGUGGGGUCCAUGCCCCGCGGCUCUGGCUCGGCAGCCCCCAUGUCUCCGCUCGUCUUGCUGGGGGCAGCCGAGAAGCCUUGUAAAUAUGUGAAGAAAGGUUGAAAUUGGGACUCUUGGAGUUUGCUGAGCAGCUCGGGCUGGGGGGCCCUGGAGUGGAGUGUGUCCCUGCGGUUCUUUCCAUUGGAAGCAGUGGAGAGCGGUUGGGUUCUUUUUCUGUUGGGUUUUUUUUUCUCCCCAUUUUGUUUGUGUAAAUACUAGUCUUUUUUGGAAGAAAUAAUGUAAAGAUGUUUUGUAUAAACUCUGAAUUAUUUUCUGGUUGCUUUUUCUUAGAAAAACAAAUGAGAACGUAAAAAAGAAAAAAAAAGGAAAAAAAAGAAAAAUGUUAACCACAAGAACGGGUGUAAAACAUUGUCAUCGAGCUCAGCCAGCGCUGCCGCGGGGCCGUGCUGGUGUGUGGGCGCUGCCAGGCGGAACGGGGGCUCGGGAUGAGGCAGGAUGUGCCGGAGCCCAAGCAGAGAGCGGGGUUGGGAGCCCUGGCACAGCCCCGGUGCUCAGGGCACGGCUGGGUCUGGCUCAUCCCCAGCAAGUUUCUGCCUGUCCUGGGUCUGAGCAGAGCCUCCAGGCCCAGCUAGGAGACUUUAGAACAGAAAGGGAACAAAAGGAGCAUCAAAUUCAUCUUCUUUUUAACCAAAAAAAGACCAACCUGGGCAUGGGUAACUCAGUGUGGCAUCCUGAGAUCCUGAUUCGUUUUUCCAGACCUCUGGAGCUGCUGCUGUUGCGGAGCACUGUUCCCAAGCAUCUCUAUUUUCCAGUUGCCAACCACAAACAUGCUGUGUCCCACUCUCUGCUUGGUGCCGGGGCCAGGAGGACUCGCUCCUCCUCAGCAAAGCCCGCGUUCCGUCCAGGCCAGCGCCACGGGGAGGUGGCUGUUCCCACCCAAGCCAUCUCCGGUGCCACCACCAUGCCUGGCGUUUCCCCAGGGGCAGCCGGGAGGCAGCUGGGAGCUCCCUGUGGUCCCAGUAGCUCACAGGAA